AUGGCCUCUCCAGAAUUGGCCGAAAAAUUGGCUCGACGUCUAGAAUCCGAAGCGCAAACUUCUGAGCCCAAGAAGCCACCACCUCCAGCUCCAAUUUUGCCGCAAAAAGUUGUCGAGAAUCCAUAUGUGGCAAAAUCCGAGAAUUCGAUCGAUGAUUUGAUUUUUAAAGCGUUGGAGAGGAAGGAGGAGAAUAAUAAUAACAAUAAUUCACAGGUGAGGAAUUGGCUCAGGUGGUUAGGGGUUUGAUUGUGGGGUGAGAGGUCGGGGGAUCGAGCCCUGCUGCCUGCGAAAUUAUUUUUUUUUAGAUUUCACCAUUGGCACCAAUCACAAUCCCAUCAGAACCCCAACAAAUCGAUCCACGAUCUCCGCCACCAAAAAGAUCGAUCCUCGAAUUGUUGGAAAAAGAGAAACGUGAAUUGGAAGCCGUUCCGCAAGUCGCCGCACCGCGAACCAACGCCGCGCCGGUUGUAGUGAUUGCGAAAGCCGCGACGCAUGCGACACGCGACGCGUCGCCACGUCGACAACAAUUCGUGAGGGAAAAUGAGGAUGGAAAUGAGCUGGAGAAGCGGUUGGCUGCACAGCGCGCGAAAAAAUAUGCGGAAGAGUUGGAGGUGUUGGAAUCGAGAAAAUUGGAGCAGACUGAAGUUGGCGAGUUGGACAGAUUGAUGAAGUUACCGUAUAAGGUGAGAGCUUGGGAUUUUGGAGCAUUUUGAGCUCAAAUUUGCCUAGAGCGCGAAAUUUCAAGAUUUUUGAGUCCAAACAUGAAAUAAAUCGGAAAUUGUCAAGUUUGGAAUCAAAAAUCGCGAAAGUACAUGGAAAAAUUGGAUUCCAGGGGUUGAAAAACUUUUAAAAUCAAAUUUUUAAAGCAAAAAAACUGAAAUAUUUUGAAUUUUUGCAAUUUUUCAUGAAAUUUCAAGAUUUUUGAGUCCAAACAUGAAAAAAAUAUAAAAUUUUCAAGUUUGGACUCAAAAAUCGCCAAAUUUUGAGCCUAAAUGGGAUUAGGGGGCCUUAAAAUGAGUUAGGAAUCAAAAUUUGUAAAAUUUAAAGUGUGAAUAUGCCUGGAAAGCCCCUUUCGGUCCAAAAAGGCCUAAAACAGGCCUAUUAUUUUCCCGAAGAAACAAAAACAACAAUUAAUCUUCAGGUAACCCGAUACAUCUACUAUAGUCAUGAAUUUUUCAGGCGCCAAUUCAAGCUCCGCCCUCUAUUCCUGCAGCUCCAGAAGUACCCUCCGCUGAGCCUUUGGCUCGAAUUUCUGAAGAGGACACCUCAGAUUCCACGAGCCUUGUAAUUCACCCCGAAGAAACUCCCAGAAAAAUCGCGCGGAGCCCGGAAUCGCUUGACGAGGAAUCGAGACGACGCCGCGAAUCGGAAGAGACUCGCGACUUUGAGGAACUCGAAAAAUCGAUGGAACUCGAUGCUCCGAUUCCACCUGUGCCACCACCAACUUUCACAAUUCCACCACCACCUGAACAUCUGAUUCAGAUUCAAGAUCGAGAUGAGUUCUUCCCGCCUCCGCCAACUUGUAGCCCGCCUGCCAUUCCGGCCCCGAGUUCAAGCGGGCCGCCUUCUCCACGGCCUGCUUCUGGACCACCGCCACCACCAAAGCCCACAACACCGUUGGUGGCCCGAAAAACCGGGCCGAUUCCCACGCCGCAGUUGAUUCAGAUGAUACAGAAGGAGGAGGCCAGGUAGGUCAAAAUUUCCCAGAUGUUACUGUACCUGAAAAUCCACGUUUUUUGACACCAAACAAGCCUAGGAUUACUGUAGAUGUCAAAUUUUUGGGUUUUUGGUAGAUCAAAACUUCCCAGAGGUUACUGUACUUGAAAGUUCCCCAAAAUUUGAUCUAAAGCAGCUACCGUACCCUCGAUCUACAGUACAAUUUUCCAGACCAGAGCCCCCGAAAAAACCCGACCGUAACCCGGCAGCUCUCAGCCCACUUGGCCUACAAUGUGAUCCACUUUUAUCACUGGAAACUGCAACUACAGUACCCCCACCUACAGUACCCCCACCAAAAAAAUUGAAGAAAAUCCGGAAGAAUUGA